GACGCUGCAUCAUGGGGCCCACACUUUGCUACGUUCCCCUCUGAUCCCUCUCUUAAGGCCUAAACAGCAGCUGGGGAGAUUAGAGAGGAGAGGACACUGACACACACAGACCCUUCCUCACAGCGAUACAGCCAGCCAGGACAGAUCUGGUACAGACUGGAGUGGACUCUCAUCAGAAGCCCUUUUUAUCUAGACCUAGUACGUCCAAACACCUUCCCUGGCAAAGAACUCCUGGAUUAGACUCUGAAUUUCCAAUGAUCCCAUAUGUCCUUGGAUCUCCAGCAACCUCACAGUGGACCUUAUCUUUCAUUGAAAUCCCUGUCCCCACACUUCUUUAUUUUGGGGUCUACAUUAGGUCAUAUGCGACUCAAGAACAGGUCUUUCUGUGUUAGUUUAAACUGAUUCUGACUGGUCUGUGCUAUUCACGCUUGGGCCAUGAGUUGUUUCGGGUACCGUCGAGAGCUGAGUAAAUACGAAGAUGUUGAUGAGGACGAGCUUUUGGCUUCCCUCAGCCCCGAGGAGCUUGCUGAGUUGGAAAAGGAGCUGGCGGACAUCGAUCCUGACUCCAAUGUGCCCAUAGGACUCAGACAGAGAGAUCAGACGGACAAGACCCCUACGGGCACCUUCAGCAGAGAGGCUCUCAUGAAGUACUGGGAAAACGAGACACGUAGACUGCUGGAGGACGAGAUAAGUGGAGGGAGCCCCAAACCGGAUGAAGAACAAGAGGAGUGUGUGACAGAAGGAGGCAGUGAGACAGAGGAUGAAAAAGAUGACGAAAAUGAGAAAGAACAGAAAAAGUAUGAAAGGAAAGAAGAAGAGGAAGAACAGGAUGAUGAGGAUGAAGAAGAAGAAGAAGAAGAAGAAGAGGAAGAAGAGGAUGACAGUGAGGAAGAGGAGGAAGCUAUAACAGAGGAGGAAGAGGAGGAAGAUGAGGAGGAGGAGGAGGAACAAGAUAAUAAAUCAAAACCUGAACCCUCAAAUUAUUGUGGCACAUCGCGGGCCGACACCCCAAAGCUACUAAAACCUCAGAGGGUGGAGCCCAUUAGGCUGACUCCUCCCCCUCCACCUGCUGACACCAACACGACCGGAAACCCGACUGUUGUCGACGAAGCUCUCCAAAAAGUCCUUAGCGACGACCCUGAACUCACAGAGGUUAAUCUCAACAACAUUGACGACAUCUCACAGGAAACCCUAAUCCGAUUUGCUGAAGCACUGAGAUCCAACACACAUGUGCGGAUCUUUAGCCUUGCAAACACCCGAGCCGACGACCCCGUGGCUCUGGCCAUCGCUAAGAUGCUUAAGGAGAACUCGUCCAUCACCAGUCUGAAUAUAGAGUCCAACUAUGUGACCGGGAAGGGUGUAAUGGCACUGGUUCAAUCACUCCCGGGAAACAACACCCUGACUGAGCUCCGGUUCCACAACCAGAGACACAUGUGUGGAGGACAGGUAGAGAUGGAGAUGGUGAAGAUUCUGAGGGAAAACUACACCUUGAUCAAGCUGGGUUACCAGUUCAACCUCCCUGGUCCCAGAAUGAGCAUGACAGGAAUCCUCACCAGGAACCAGGACCGCCAGAGACAGAAACGAUUGCAGGAGCAGAGGCAACAGCAGCAGGACAAACAAGGGGUGACAGAGGGAGCUGUUAACCCCCGAACCACUGCACUGAGAGGAACGCCUAGUUCAUCACCUUACAGCUCACCCAGAGCUUCUCCUUGGUCCUCACCCAAACUCCCCCGGAGCGACCUGGCUAAAAAACAGACUCCUCCAGCUCCACCUCCUCCUCCCCCUCCACCACCUCCUCCUCCCCCACCUCCUCCACCACUGCCGCCUCCGCAGCAAGAGAAGAAGAAGCCCACCAGGAUGAUCGCAGAGGUCAUCAAGGCGCAUGAGGCGGGCAAAAAGAAGGUGACAAAGACAAAAGGGAAGAAGGGCAAGAAGGGGAAGGAGAAGGAGUCUGGGAAAGAUGAGACGAAUAGCAUCCUGAAGGAGCUCAAGAACGUGCUGAGGCCUGUGUCGGUGGAGAGGAGAGGGGAGGAGGGCAGCCGGCCAUCCACGCCAAUGAGGUCAGCCCACGACCAGCUGAUGGAGUCCAUCCGCAACAGCAGCAUCCGCAGCCUGAGACGGGUGGAAAUCCCACGUCAUCUACGAUAAUACAAGCAGAAGUAAAAGAGGUUCAUUCAUUGCUGUGGAAAGCUGAAUAAUGAUGAUGAUGAUGAUGAUGAUGGAGUGACCAACAGUGAUGAAGGCACAAGGUGAAAACGUGGUGGGAUGACUGAGGAGGCAAAAACUGAAUUCUUACUCAUGAAAGAGAAAAUAUACUGGCAAUUUGCACUGCAGUAACAGCUUUACAUUUUAAUAAUAUUUAAGUUUUUUAAAAAAUAUUUAUGCAUUAUACAAAACAGCAUUUGUAUUUUAAUUUUGAAAAAGGUUGACUGAACUGUUUACUGAUAAGCUCUCUAAUUCACUGUUUUCUUGUAAAAUUGUAAAUAUGAUCUGUUGUAGGUUGAUUUAUGUAUCAAUAUCUAAAUAUAGCCAUUUGGUGUUUACAGUACAACUAGUCAAAGGAAAGUAGGCUGCUUUUUUGUUAUUCUUUGGUUACUGGAUGAGUUCCAUUUGAAAGAAACGCUGUUAUUUAGAAGGACAAGUAGCGCACAUAGCCACUGUUUUUAUCAGCUUACCGGUCAGGCACCACUGAGGCAUUUUCCCACUCCAACACAUUCACAGUACACCCACUCCAGUUACCACGCUUUAGAACAGGGCUUUUGUGCACUUUGUCUGAACAAUUCACAAUGCAUGACAAGUAAAGGGAAUUAAAAGACACUCACUACCUCUACCAGCGACACCACAGAAGAGACAUCAGCUUUAAACAAAUAUCACAGGAUCAAAUAAAAAGCCUUGGGCCGCUUAAAAGCUGCAAGCACAAAAUACCUUUCAAGUGAGACUUUUGAAACUUUUGAAAAAAGAAAUAACACGUUCUUCCUCUAAAAAUGGAAAGGUAGAUUCAUAAGAAGUAAAACACACCCUUGCUCAGUCUAAUACACUCGGGGGUUUUCAGCCUCACUUGGUCUGUCUUGACCAGUAGCUUAUGACGGCUAAUGUUAGCUAAUGCUAGCAAACUUUGGCUCUACAGUAUUAAAUGAGGCCUAGUAAAAGACCCAUUUCAUAUAUCAUUUAAAACGAGCCAGUGUAACUUGCUGAACAGCUGUCAAUGGGGCUACAAGUGACGAUUGCAUGAUGAUGCUAAUGCUAAAUCUGUAGUACAGAAAAGUCAGCAAAAUGUUUGUUAUGGGGCAAUAUCUACAUUAAGUUUGCUAACAUUAGCUAGACUUAGCCACCGUAAGCUAGUGGUUUUAUUGAUGAAGUCAACUGUUUAUUACUAAUAGGAAUAUGUCAUUUCUUCUUUAAAAAGUUGCACUGUUAAAGGCUAUUGGGUAGUAGCAUCUACUGGGUCAGUGGGAUUACGUUUGGUUGACGAGGCCCAAAAACCAACGGAUUUGCCAAUUACCACGGGGGUGCUCGGUCAAGAGAGACAUAUUGACAUGAGAGAAAAAAGGGGAGGGAGAGACUGAGUGAGGGAGAUGAUGAAUCAGACACAAGAGAGAGAAGUGACAGGUUGGGAGGGAAAGAUCAAGAGCAAGUGAGAGGGGGAAUGACGGAUGAGAAAGUGUAAACAAAAGACUAACAGCUAUUGAGACUGAGAGAUGUGAGCUAUUAGCAUCACUCAUCCUAAUCCUGCCCCUGCAUUUGUUGAUGUGUCUUGGAGGAGUCCCCCAACUCCUAAAUCCACAGUGCAGCUGUUCAAAGACGGAACAGUCAGGGGCUCAGAGGUGGCAACAACGAGAAAACUACAAAUUACAUUAUGGCAAAUCAUUUCUCAAAGUAUACCAGAAGUUUUUAGACUGUUUUUCUAGAUUACAGGCAUUCCAUCAACCCCAGUGUGGUAUGAAAAAUCCUCUCUGUGGAUUCUUGAAAAUUGCAUCAGAUUCGUAUUGAAAAAUUGGCUACUUGCAUCUGAGAGCAUAGAUUAUUUUGCAGGCUUGCAUGUUGGUGCGAUUGCUUGUGAGAACUUCUGACAUCCAAGACCUGCUUAAUUGAAACCCUUUUUAAAACAGGGAGCUACCAAAUUUAAAUAUUCAUUUUUAUGAAGUCAGUGCUUGUUUAAUAUUUUUCUCCUGGGAUUUAUUUUUCCAACAGCAUAGAUAGUUAACAUAGUUUUGCAGUGUUGCUGUUUUGCUCUGUACUUGAAUGCAGCACCUGUAGAACUUGUCAAAAUAAUCCAUUCUUUCAGCUACCUUAACAGGAUAUUAUAUAACAACUUUGCCAUAAAAAAAGAAAGAAAAAGAUGAAUUAAUAAACCGAUAGUUGUAAGUCUCAGCACAUACAUUUCCUUGCCAUAAUUGCUACCUGGAAGCUUGGUAAAACACAUUCAUUAGUGUAAAAACUAUGGUAGAUGAGUGAAAAUGUUGGACAGUACUGUAUAAUACAUGUAGACGAUAGUUUAUUGUAUGAAAAAUUAGCAUUUAGAAGAAAAAUCCAACCUUAAACUAGAGCUAUGAAAGGUUUGGACGGAAGUGAGUUAAGCAGGGCACACUCCCCACCAGUCUGCUCAAUGGCCUUCCCAAGUACAGCAGCUCAUUAUGCACAAUGCAUUCCUUCAGCUAAGCAUCCUAAGAAUAAAACUUCCUCUACUGAACUACAGCACUUUGUCAUAUCUGGCACACUGUCAAUGGAGGGACCCUUCCAUAAAGUUCAUCCAUAAAUUGUAUAGACUUCCUGCUUGUAAAUGGGGUCUGUGCACUCAGGGUGGUCACUGCAUUAUCCUCUUAGAAAAUUUUAGGCAUUAUUUUCAAGGCAUACAGGGGUUUUCAUGCUCUGUAGGGAAACGUAAUACCAGUCUCAGAACCAAAGCAAAGUUGUCAAGUGUGAGAGUUUGCAUGUUUUCCUUUAACACUGAGCUACAGACUACCCCUUAAGCUUCUCAGUCACAACACUCAGGCCCUUUGACCUUUGCAUUUCUUACUAAUGUAUGCAUGCCAUGCUGCUGUUUCACGCAUGACAGCUAUUCUACUGCACUGCUUCCAAGCUGAUGCAUUCUAAAAAUGCUAAUCUAGCUGCGAGUGUAUUAAAGGGUAAUUUCACCCAUAAUUGACAAAAUAUUCUACUCUUGUAAUAGCAACAAAGUCAUGUAAUCAUACCUAAAUCUUGCUAUUAUAUAACUAUUAUUAUAUAACUAACUUGCUAUUAUUAUAACUAUUACACAUAUGCAUGUUCAUGUCAUCUAUAUGCAACAAACAUUUAGUGGCACUUUUGUAUUACUGUAUUAUUUAUGCGCUCAUCAAGCCGAGCAAAAAAACAAAAACAAAACAAAAAAACCCCCCUGUUGCUUCUAUAAAUGUUUUUUUGUUUUUUUGCAUGCGUGUGUAUGUGUUGGUCGGCGUCUCUACGGAAGCAAUGUCUCUGCAAAGUGCUGCCAUACUAGUGGAAAGUGCCAUACCUGCGCUAAUCCCUCUCAUGAACUGUGCAGCAGAGAACUGAUACAGGGUCAGUAUUGUGCCAGCUGAUGAGGACAUCGACUAAAAAUAAAUGGUAAAGGCACUGAGUUGUUGUGUUUGUUGUUGUGACUGGUUACAGUUAAUUAUAGGGGUCUAUUCUCGCAGUGGCUUCGAAAAGUAUUGCUGAAAAGCCACUUUUUAGUUCCUCACUUUUUUCAUUCUCCUGGAAGAUGGUCGCUGUAGGCAUCUUCUGUUCCUGCUGCAUGCCUUCUUUUCUUACAGUAUGAGUCUUUGUCAGCUCACAUGCACAUAAAGUUGUUGUUAAGAAA